AUGUUUAAAGAUUUGAUUAUAAAAUGUUCAAAUUAAAAGCAUGACGAUGAGGUUAAACUAAUUUGCUUCAAUGAUCAUGUAAAGAAAAAAGAUUAUAUUUUAUGUUAUCCAAUAGGAAUGAAAUUCAUCCCAUCCUUAACAUCAAUAUGA